ACCUCAUUGUUGUGUCCGUCCUGCCGUCGGACAAGCACAGUUUUUGCGGAUACACUGCAACGUGAAUAUGAACCGAGGGAUUUUGCUUUGCCAACGGGUAACUUCGCAAUCUCGGCUGUGACUGGAUGCGCCAUGGGACGAUGCGGCUGGCACUGCUUCCACUCUUCAUCGCCAUCAGGGCGCUUCUUGCCGCUGCUGGCGGUGGCAACAAAUUCCCCAGGUUCGCUCUGGGAGGCAUCAGUGAGAUCGUAGUGCGUGUCAAGGAAGGACCCACACCUUUAGGCCAGCCUUUGUACCGGUUGCGAGGUGAAGAUGCGGACGGCGACAAGCUUACGUUUGGAGCCCUGGGACCGGAAGAGUUGCUUCGCUUCCACAGGGUCAGCGACACGGAGGCCGAUGUCUACCUGCGACACGAGCUGGACAGAGAGGUGAAAGACUCGCACACCAUUGUAUUGACGUUGACGGAUGGACGGCUUCCAGAAGGGCAAUACAUCACGCAAACUAUGGUCAUUAUUGUGGACGACAUCAACGAUAACGAACCAGUGUUCAAGCAGUACAAGGCCACCAUCACCAUCCCGGAGGACGCAGCGCCCCAUGUGAUCGACACAAUCGAAGCAGUAGACAGGGACCAAGGACCUUUCGGACAAGUCAUUUACCAGUUGCAAAAUAAUGAAACGGAGACGACGUCCACGUUCUCAGUGCAUCAGGAGCGGGGCAAGGGUGUCAUCUCCCUCGUGGGGCCACUAGACUACGAACGGAAGUUCAUCUACGAACUCCGUAUUCUCGCCAUUGAUCGUGCCAACAGCGGACCGAGGCACACUGCCACGGCUGUGAUUCUCGUCAAAGUGGACGAUGUGGAAGAUCAACCCCCAGUCUUCACUCAAAUGCCUUCCGUCACUAGGGUAUCCGAAGACCUGCCUUUGAAUUCGGUUGUCAUGACGGUAAAGGCCAUCGACGGCGACCGCGGUGUCAACAACCCUAUCACAUAUAGUAUUCUGUCCGGCGGAGACGGACUAUUCGCCAUCGACCGUCACUCCGGUGUGGUGUCUGUCAAAGGGCGGCUGGAUCGAGAAGCCACAGAAAACGGUGCCUUCAUCCUUCGUAUUCAGGCCGAAGAGAAAGGAGCUGUGACGAGCACCGAGGUGACCGUCCUGUUGACGGACGUCAACGACGAGCCCCCCACGUUCCGCAGCAGGCACUACGUGGCGGAGGUCAACGAGAACGCCCAAGUCAACGUUCCCGUUAAUUUCAUCGGCGACAGCGUGCCUGAGGUGUACGACCACGACCAGGGUUCCAAUGGAACGUUCCAACUGUUCCUGGAAGGCGACCAUGGCGUCUUUCAAGUGACGCCCUCUGUGAGCGUCAACGAAGCCUCUUUCAUGAUUCGGGUCAACAACUCCGAUUACUUGGAUUAUGAACGCGUCAAAGUCAUCAAGUUUCGCGUCGUUGCCAAGGAGAUGGUCACAGUCCAGCCAAAGACGUCCACUGCAGAUGUGACGGUGUACGUUAGAGACGCCAAUGACAACUUCCCGCUGUUCAGGGAGGACCUGUACCGCGCGAUUAUCCCCGAGAACGCCCCGGCGGGUACUGUGGUCGCCGUGGUCAAGGCCGAAGAUGCUGACUCGGAGGGCUCAGCGGGUAUUCGGUACACCAGCAUCAGAGGGCAAAUAGCGGACAGGUUACGCCUGGAUCCAGAGAGUGGUAAAGUGGUAGUGGCGACCUCUAGCCACGGUUUCGACCGUGAGACGACGUCAGAGUACUUCGUAACCGUCGAAGCACGAGACGAGAAAGGACGCGGAAACAGGAACACCGUGCAGCUGCACAUCUUACUGGAGGACGUCAACGACAACCCUCCCCGGUUUUUGCUGCCCUCCUAUGAAGCACGCAUCAGAGAAAACGACCGAGGGUUUCGAACGCCGCUCGUUGUCAAGGCCAUGGAUGCCGACCAAGCGGGAACACAGAACAGCCAAGUCCGUUACCAGAUUGUAGACGGUGACCUGGACAAUAACUUCACCAUCGAUGCCACCAUGGGACGCAUCACACCGAGGCAUCCUUUAGACUUCGAGGCCAUACAGCAACAUCGUGGUGACGUGAGGACGUUCACGCUCAUUGUUCGCGCCUACGACCUCGGACAUCCGAGUCUGUUCAGCAACGUUUCCGUCGUCAUAUACGUCCAGGACGCGAACGAUCACGCCCCGGUCUUUUCCGCUGGCUUCCUGGCCAAGUCCGUUCCAGAAGACGUCAAAGAAGGCACGGCGCUCCUCAAGGUCCAUGCCGAAGACGGUGACCACUCUCCGAGCAACAGUAAAAUAGUGUACAGAAUUCAAAACGGUGCUCAAGAUAAGUUCGUUAUCGACGCCUUAACAGGCGUGAUCUCCGUCGCCCCGGGAGCCAAUCUGGAUCCCGACAGGACGUUCCCGAAGUCCCUCGUGUACAGCAUGAACAUCCUCGCCCUCGACGGUGGUCUAGGAGAACAGCAGAGGUGGUCCUCCGCAGUGGUCAAUAUUUCUAUCUUGGACGUGAAUAACAAAGUGCCAACCUUCGAAGACCCAGUGCCUGUGAACGUAGUAGAAAACAGCGCCAUAGGAUCGACGGUGGCGGUUCUUCGAGCUGCAGACCUGGACGAGAAGCCAGCACUGAAGUAUUCGCUCUGCGAGGGAGAGGCCUUCAACGAAGACGGAGCAUUAGUGAGCGCAGUUCGGGUGGAUAAACUGGUGCGCGUCGCUCCUGCAGAUGGAAAGUUGACGGUGAAGAGUUCGUUGGACAGAGAGCAGGUGGAGCUUCUAAAAGUGUGCGUUCGCGUCGAAGAUACGGCUGCUGCCACUCCAGGACAAACGGCGACUGCUACCUUAACAGUGAACGUGCUGGACGUGAACGACAACAGCCCCAUCUUCCGGAAACCAUUCUACCGGCAGACGGUCACCGAGAACUCCAUUGCGGGCGCCCCCAUCGUCACUGCCAGGGCCACGGAUUCUGACAAGAAUCGCACUAUCACCUACUCUCUCGUGGGCAACAAGGACUACAUGGCACUCGUUGACAUCGACCCAAAGACUGGAGAGGUGGUGGUGAGUGGCAGGAUUGACCGGGAACUGCACGGCUGGAUUAACUUGACGCUACGAGCUACCGACUCCGGGCUUCCUCCCCUGUCUGGAAGCACGCAACUCCAGAUACAGGUCCUCGACGAGAACGACAAUAACCCCAUCUUCAAAGCGGGGCCCACGGAGUUCGUCAUCCAAGAGGACGCCAACGUGGGCACCGCCGUGGCCAGUCUGGAGGCGAUCGACGCGGACGUCGGGGAAUACGGUAGGGUGACUUACGCCCUCGACCAAUCUGGUUCUCAAGGGAAGUUCAAGAUCGACAGGAACAGCGGUACUAUCAGCGUGGCUGCGCCUUUGGACCGCGAAGAGAAGGCCUCGUACUCCAUCAUUGUCCAAGCCUGGGACAACUACGCCGCGGGAUUUGGAACGGACGAAAGCCGACGAACGUUCAAGCAGAUUACCGUUCGCGUGAAAGAUGUCAACGACGAGACACCCGUCUUCGUUCAGCCGCCGCAGUGUGCCUCCAUUACCGAAUUCCAUAGGGUUGGAGAUACGGUACUUGUGGCGUCGGUGACGGACGCCGAUGAACCAGACACGCCAAACUCUCAAGUCGACUUCUUCAUGGAACCAGGACAGGACUCUGACCUGUUUGAGGUGCAGACACAAGCUGGUAACCGCGGCCGUGUCCUGACACGAUUCUCUAUUCGGGGCCGCGUUGGCAAUGCGUCCUUCGUUCUCCGAGCGCAAGACCGAGGAUCACCUGUCAAGGCGGCCUUGCAGAAGUACACGGUGUGUGUCGCUGACGUCAAUGACCACGCCCCUCUCUUUGUGAUGCCGCCGCAGAACCACACCAUACGCAUACCUGAGAACGCAACGCUAGGAUCUCUGGUUGUAGAAGUCGGUGCCGAGGACGACGAUUUUGGAAGCAACGCCGAAAUUCGUUACCGGCUCAAGGACUUGCCGAACGGUCACUGGAAGACAUUCAACCUGGAUGAAAAGACCGGUCUCGUGACAUUGCGGCGGCCGCUGGACCGCGAAACGCAGAAGUGGUACGAGAUCCGGGUGGAAGCGUACGACCUUGGUCAGCCAACGUCCCUGUCCAGCGACUUGGACCUCACGGUGUUCGUGACCGACGUCAACGACUAUGCCCCAGAGUUCACGGAAGAUGUGCACCACCUCACCUUCACGGAGAACUUGAGUCCGGCCACAGAGAGUUACAAGCUCAUCAGCACCAUCGAUCGUGAUGACGAUAUGAGCACGAUAAAGCCCAUACCUUGCUACUACAUCGUAGGCGGCAACGGCAAGGAGCGCUUCAACCUGGACAUGUUCACGCACCAGCUCUGGGCAACCGAGAAACUCGACCGUGAAGAACGGGCGAACUACACGCUCAUUGUGCAGGCGUCCGACGACUGUUUCCACACACCACGACCCGUCACGCAGUUCGACCCCAAAGACAACUCCCUGCUCCAAGUCGCCAUUAAGGUCGAGGACGUCAAUGACAACCCGCCACGAUUCGUCAGCCCGAUCUUCACUGGUGGUGUCGUGACCGAAGCUGACUUUGGAGUUGUCUUCAUGUCUGUCAAGGCCAUUGACAACGACGAGGGCCUCAACAGCGUUGUGAGUUACUACAGAAAGGGCGACAUCCGGAGAACACUGUCUGAGGGACUGGAAUCAUUGACGGGAGAUCCUUUCCUCAUCAACCACCGCACUGGAGAGAUCAGUCUCAACUUCUACCCGCAGAAGGACAUGAAAGGCUACUUCGACAUGGAGGUGGUCGCCAACGACACCCACGGAUUGGAGGAUACUGCCAAAGUCUUUAUCUACUUGUUGAGAGAAGACCAGAGGGUCCGUUUCGUGUUACGGCUGACGCCAGAAGAAUUCAGGGACAAGUUAGAAGAGUUUAGAGAGGUCUUGGCGAAUAUAACCGGAGCCAUCGUCAACAUCGACGAGUAUAAGGUCCACGAAAACGAAGACGGCUCCGUCGAUCGAACCAAAACUGACCUGUACUUGCACUUUGUCAAUAAAGAAGACAACUCCAUCAUGGCCGUAUCCACAGCCUUAACACUUAUUGACAAAAACAUCGAGUUCCUGGACAAGCUGUUCAAGGAGUUCAACGUGCUGUACAGCGAGCCAGCAGACGCUUUGAGCGAGCGCGAGGAAGACCAGAUGAGGACGUGGCUCAUCGGCCUCUCAGUUUUCCUCUCCGUUAUGUUGGUGCUCGUCAUCUCGCUGUGCAUGGCCCAGAGGAGUCGAUACGAGCGGCAACUGAAAGCAGCUACUGCCACGGCUUUUGGUAAGCCCUGUCAAAACGCCUCGCUGGGCAUUAAACAAAAAGAAAUGUCCUUCGCAGGUUCCCGCGAAACCGCAUUGAGUCGCAUGGAUGUGCCAAACACCAACCAGCAUUCGGUGGAAGGAUCGAACCCCAUCUGGAUGCAUUCCUACGACAACGAGUGGUACAAAGAAGACGAAGAAGCCAGGAACGGCGGAGGCGGCGACAAUAACUCUCUGGACGAGAACGCCGUCGUGGAGAGCGCGGGCUCUACGGAGCGGCACGCCCAGGACAGAGAAUUCGAAUCGGCCCAGAUUCCCUGCUCGGAAGUGUACGUGUUGGGACAGAACAUCACCAUUCCCAUCGGAACCACCGACCUCAUCACCGCGGCCGAGAGGAACAACCUCAACAAGUAUAACGGCGGUCCCUACCACGCCAACGUUUACCUGGGCAAGAUGGGGACGCCCAACCGUGCCGGAAAACUGGAAGUGUCCGAACUGUGACACACGUGCCUUCGCGGCAACCGAGAGAGAUUGUGCUGCUUGUACAGACAUUUAUAAAGUGCCACACCCAUCACCGUUCAUCCCUUUUCCUGUAAGAAAUUUCUCACGACAAAUAUAUAUUUCACUCAUCAUAUUGUUCCGUG